AUGUUUAAAGCACAUUCAUUAGUUUGCAGUGCAGCAAGUGCUUUAUCAAUCAUUUUUGGUGUUGUUCUUUUAAUUGCUGGUUCCGUUUAUAUUCGAGACACCAGUUUUCUUCAAAGUUCAUGGAAUGAGAUAUAUGCAUUAUCAAUUUAUAGUGUUGUUAUUGGUAUAUUGACUAUUAUAACUGCAAUUGGUCUUUCUUAUGUUGUUAAUCGUAAACUUCCAGCAUUGACAAUACUCUUCUCUGUUUUAAUUCUUAUUAUUUUCGUCCUUGCUAUGGUAAAUCUCAUUAUUCUUGCAACAAAUGUCGGCAAUCUUGAAGAUGAUUCUUACAAAAAGACUGUAGAUCUUUUUCGUAAUUAUUCAAAUUCAGAUUUGAUUGUAAGUUCGAAAGGAUUUUUUGGAAAAAUUCAACAAACAUUCGGAUGUUGUGGUGUCAAAAAUGCAUCAGAUUGGAUAAACCAACUAUUUAAUGGAUCAAGUACUCCUGAUUCAUGUUGUCAUCAAAUAGUUCCGAAUUGUGGUUACAAUGCUCUCAUUGCAAAAGAUAAAAUCUAUUUAAAAGGUUGUGCUGAUCCAAUUUAUUUUUAUCUUCGCACAAGAUUUUGGGCACUUCUUACUAUUGAUACCAUUCUUGUAAUAUUAUUAUUUAUUAGUGCUAUAUCUGGAUUUAUUUCUGAACAAUAUAUUCGAGAACAAUAUCAAGAGAUGUAA